AUUUCCGGUUCCGUGCGGAAGGACUUCGCCCGCUUGAUUUCACGCACCUGGUUUAUGCACUUUAUUGUUUUUGCACAAAAAUUGUAACUUGUCAUCCCGACCUUCAAAGCGGUGAGAUACUCGUUUUUACAGCUGCGUAUAGUAAGAUGUUGAUACUGUGAAACACUGAAUCCCUAGAAUGGCUCUGAGACACUUGUCGGUGAAGACUCUCCUCUUCCUGGGGCUUUGUCAGGUUGGACGCCGAGGUUUUGCUUCUGCACCCGAAGUCAGAGAGGCACCAAAGAAAAUUGCGAUAAUUGGCGGUGGUAUUGGAGGCACGGCAGCAGCGUUUUUCUUAAGACAAGAGUUUGGACCGGCAGUGAAGAUCGAUGUGUUUGAGGCUGGGACUGUGGGAGGGCGUCUGGCCACUGAAAACAUUGGUGGAUAUGAGUAUGAGACAGGAGGAUCUGUUAUUCACCCCCUCAACCUGCACAUGAAGCACUUUCUGGACAAACUCGGUCUUUCUCCUCGUGCUGAUGUGUCUUCAAAACUGGCGAUAUUUGACGGGAAGGAGCUGACCUUUGAAGAGAGCGACUGGUUCGUAGUGAACUUCAUACGCAUGCUGUGGAGAUACGGCUUCAACUCCAUUCGAAUGCAUAUGUGGGUGGAGGGCAUACUGGACAAGUUUAUGAGGAUAUAUCAGUACCAGCAGUAUGGCUACUCGUUCUCCAGUGUGGAGAAACUGCUUCAUGCUAUGGGUGGAGACGGUUUCCUCACUCUGGUCAAUCAGACGCUGGAGGAGGCCAUGCUGGCUGAGGGCUUCUCUCAGGUCUUUCUCAAUGACGUCGUAGCACCCGUCACAAGGGUCAACUACGGCCAAAGUGUCCGAAUCAGUGGAUUUGCAGGUGCUGUUGCACUAGCAGGAGCUGACUCAGGAUUGUGGGCCGUGGAUGGAGGGAAUAAGAUGGUUUGUUCAGGGCUUCUGUCCCACAGCAAAGCAGAACUUGUUCCAGCUCGUGUGACUACCAUCUCCAUGAAGAUGAGACCAUCCAAAACUGAUUCGGCUGUGAAUUUCUAUGAAGUGAACUACGUCGGUGAGUCUGGUGCUGCCCACUCCACGUAUGACAUAGUUGUAGUUGCCACACCUCUCCACCAGGACGUGUCUGACAUCAACUUCUCAGGCUUUUCUCCUCCCAUCCCAUCCCACUUCUCUGGCCGCUACCAUCAAACGGUGGCCACGCUGGUCCACGGUCUGCUCAAUGUGUCGUAUCUGGGCACCACAGAGAAGCCGGAAGACUUCUAUGUUUCUGACGUCCUCACAUUAGACAACAAAGCCUCUGAGAUCCACAGCCUGAGCUCUCUGAACCCGGUGAAGAUUCCCAAGGGUCACUCGCCCAGCCCUGCCAGUCAACGCAAAGUAUGGAAGAUCUUCUCCUCACAGCCACUCUCUCAGAAGCAUCUGCAGCAAAUCUUUCUUUCCUGGGACUCGGUGUCGGAGAAGCGCUGGCUCGCGUACCCUUCCUACAACCCGCCGCACCGCAGGACGCCUCCCUUCAUCCUCCACGAUCGCCUCUACUACCUCAACGCCGUGGAGUGGGCGGCCAGCGCCAUGGAGAUGAGUGCCAUUUCUGCCCGUAAUCUGGCCCUGCUCGCCCACCACCGCUGGUACGAGCAGACGGGCAAAAUCAACCAGGAGGACCUGCACACCAGACUCAGAGGUGAACUCUGACAGAGCAGCAGUGCUACUUUGGGUUCAUAAGUAAUACAAUCUCAUACGGAGAUGAGAGACUGUAUUAAUGAAAACAGUUGAUUCUAAAAUCGGCUCAAAAUAAUUGAUAUCCUCCGAUUGGAUUGAUUCAGUCUAGCUAAAAUAAUCUGUGUGUGACCAUCAUACACUAGAUGAAGUUCUCUCGCAGACUGGCUUUGACUUUCGGCAACUUCUCCAGACUGAAAAUCAGGGCAAAAAGUCCCGCAGUGCAUUCCAGCCUUUAAAAAUGAUACAAUUAUUACUAAAUUGUUUUCGUUAAUUGAAAUAAAGCUGAAAUAAAAUAAAAUAAAAAUAUUAGACAAAACUAAAAAUACAAAUGUUGCUUCUGAAGUAACUGACAACAAUGACAAAAAAAAGAACUGCAUAGUCAAGAACUGCAUUGUAAAAUCACAAUUAAACACGUUUUCCAUUCUCAUUUA